ACAAUGCAGACCGAGUCACAGAUACUAGACAAAAGUGAUUUGUCAGAAGAAACAAUUGAAUUGUUAAAUCAACAUGAUGACAAUCGUAAACGAGCUCAUGAUGAUAAUCCACCACUUGAUUUAUCAGCUCCUAAACAGCAAUGUGUAGAGUCUGAAGAAAAAGUGACAGAAAUUCCUGAAUUUGAUAAUAACUUUAUGUACAAAGCAGUACCAGUUGAUUCAGAACGACAACUAUCAGUUAGCUAUGAUAUUAAAAAUUGUCAAGGUAUAAUAACUCAAAUAAAUAGUUUUCUGAAAAAGUUCAGUCCUUAUCGAAUUAACAAUUUAAAGAGUUGCUAUGGUGAACGAAUAGUCAUAUACAAUGCACUCAACAAUGUUAAAUUAUAUUUCUCUCCAGAUGUUCCAAUGACUUUUGAUACAAUUAAUGAACUUUUUUCUAUCAGUGGACACUCUUUGUACCUAGACCUCAAUCACAAUUACGUGACGACAUUGGUAUUAAAUCUAGAGUGUAAGAAAUGCAAGAAUAAUACAUGUACUCAGAAGCCAUCAAGUAAAGAACAUACUCUUCAUUUGGAACAAAUAACUGCAGACAUUUGGAAAGAGUUGGAGAUGUUUCUAGACCUAUCACUCUUGAAUUAUCGUAAAAAUAUUUUUGUCUUUGUCAAGAAUAACAGUUGUAGUCUUUAUAUUUAUUUUAAUAUAUCAGUUUCGAUUAAUGUGUAUGCUUAUAUCAUCAAUGCUUUGAUCAAAUCGCAAUCUGACGCAAUGAAACAAGUCUUAGAGCAGUACCAGUUGAAUCACUUCACUUAUCUUCCUCUUCCAUACUUAGCUAAUCGAUGUGAUAACAAUGUUUAUGACUUGCGACCUUUAUGGGACAAUCAUAAACGAUCUUUUGAUGUCAUUCCAUCACUAACCAGCUACAUUGAUUUUAAAAUGCAGCUUUCGAAUGAUCUAAACAUGUCCAAGGAUAUUGUUUUAGCAAAGAUCAUUUAUAAUUACACCACAGAACCAGCUCAAAGCUUGAUGUAUCACGAUGAUGUAACCAAAGAGUGGGAUAUUACUGAUAGAGUAGAAAUAGAAACUGUGUAUGUCAUGAUUAUUUUAAAUCAAACUCUAGAAGCUAAUGAAGCCUUUGGACAACAGUAUCCUGUUUGCGAGAAUGACAUCAAUGGAAUCCCACCAUUCAUUCGCAGUCGUAGGAAAUUUAUCAUGGAAAGUGUCAAUAAACAUUUCAAACAAUUCUCUCAUAAUUUGCUUAAAGAGAGCCAGGUUAACAUCAGCACUGAUAUCACCAAUUACCCCCAGAAGUUUGUCUUCACUCACACUAGCAGCAAUGAAGUAAACCACAAGAUUCUAGCUACGUUGGAUAGCAUUGGUAGAAAUAUUGCUAGACAUGUGUAUCAGAUAGAGGUUUCAUUACCUGAGGUAUCCAAGUCAACUUCAGAUCUUGCAAGUAUCCAACCUUCAUCCAAUGAAACUUCAAGCCAACGAGAUUUAUCAAAUGUUAUUAAAGUUAGUUAUACUUAUCGACAUAUUGGAUAUCUUAUUCAAUUCUGCUACGAACCAGACAAUUCAAUAGGAUAUGCUUUUUACGUCUUGAUCCUAUCAAUAAUGUACACAAUGCAGAAGCUAUCCAUGAGCUCCAAUGAUCGAGUGCUUGUUAUAUCAAUGCUGAAACAGGUCUUGGUCGUUCAGCAAACUAUUGACAACAAACAGCUUCUUUGGAUCCUAGACUCACUUCAAUCAGUCAACUGUAUGUCAGAGCUAGAACGAAUCUUCCCUGAACCUUUGCGGAUUCUCAAGCAACUAGCAACCUCAGUCUUCCUCAGACGUAGGGUAGAGUCACGGUUGGUGAAUGAUGCUUUGUCCACUGCGAAUAACAAUCGAACUAGCAUCUCAAGUUCAUCAUCUAGAAGCUUGGUGUCCACUACACCUAUUAGCUAUGAUGUGCUGCUAUUUGAUGAGCUAUGUCGCUUAUACCUGCAUGAAGAACUGUCGUUGUAUACCCACUUAUCUGAUCUGAUGUUGGAAGAAAUCGUCACGACGAUAUUCCGACAGUACUUGGUGCUAUUCUAUCGAAAUAUUAUGAGCAAUAAUGUCAUGUAUAUGUAUAAAGACCCGUUGUAUAUAGAGCACCGAAUGACCAACUUUGUCAGUGACACUACAGCUAAUAGCAAGCUUCGAUUCAUGUAUGAUAAAUUAUUGACAUUUAUCAUUCCAAUUCUAGUCAGUAAAUGUCCUAAGUCCAAUGAAACCAGAUGCCGCAAUCAGGCAUUUAAAAUCAUCAAGAAUGCAUGGUAUAAUUAUGUCAAUGAACAUAUUCCUGUUAAAAAUGUUCACUUUGGAAAAUAUAGAUACUUUGUCUGCACCUUGCGUGGGAUAUUCAAUAACAUCACUGGACUCUACAUGUGUGGAAUCCCUCAACUCUACUUCGAAAAUGCUAGCAGUUUCUGUAUCCUUCCACCUCUUGGGAUUGGUGAUAUCAGUUCCAAUCUCAAUAAUAAUGACAAAAAUUUCGGCCUCUUUGAUGUCAGAAGUCAUAGCAACACUGUGAGCAUCGUAGCAGCUGGAGAUGAUGUCAGUGGACAUAAUUAUCACACUCAUCUGCGUGAGAUCAAUGAUGAACUCAUUGGUAGAAUAGACAAAUGGAAGAAACAUGUGCAUAUUUAUAUCACGUCACAAGAUAAGUUGUUUUAUUUGUCAGUGAUGGUACCAGGGUUAUUGAAAAUUGGAGAAUCAGUGUUCAACAAGCAAACACGUUCGUUGAUUAUCAAUACGAUCACUGACAGAUUAUGUAAUGAUAAUAAUCAAACAAAUCAUGAAGAAUUGUUCUACCUUUUGCCGGUAAUUCAAUACCAUUCAUUUGACUCCAAUGUCAUCAUGGCUCUUGCACGUUGUGUUGAUAAGUUGAUGAAUGAUAAACAUACUGUAGUGACAUCUCAGACUAUCCUUAAUUUAUUUAACGGUUUAUACAAGAGUGAUGUUAACAAUAUUUACAAAGAAAUUGGUAGGAAUGAUGAUACAAAGAUCUCUUAUGAGAGUUAUGUAAAUGCAGUUCAGUUGUAUGAUGACAUUGUCAAGCACUAUUCCUAUCGUCCGAAUCGAAGGAUAUUUGCCUUGGGAUUCAUCUGGACUCUUAUCGAGUGGGACAAUCGUGAUGAUGACACCAUAGCUGCUAAUUUCAAUAUCCAACAUCUAUCAUACAAUUAUCGAACUUUGAAGGAAGCAAUUAGUUCAGCAGAACCAGAAGAUAUGUCAGCAACAUUACGUGGUGAUCCAUUUGGUAUGACUCACAGGCCUUUUAAUCUACGUCAAUUCACCUGUGAGACUAAUGAAAACUUUCGUCGAGCUUUUGACAUAACAUUCCAAUCAACCGCGCUCAAGCCAUCAACGACAUCAAUGGAACCAGAGAAAGAUUCAGUUUAUCGUCUUGACAUUUGUAUGUAUAAUGCAUUCUUGAGUCUUUCAAUUAUCUUUCGGUUUGAUACAAAAACUAUUGAAGACUAUUUGAAACAUAGUACACUAAUAUUUCAGCCUUUUAAUAACUGUAGAAGGUUCACCUUGUAUUAUGGAGAGCCACGUUGUGGCAAGUCCUUUCUAGCAAAUUUAAUCAUUCGUGCUGCUGAACCAAGUGUUUUUAAUGUGCUUUCUGAUCUCACCACUGCUGCAUCAGCAGCAUCACCAUCUCCAGAUCUGAUCAAAGCUUUCCAAUCGUAUGUGGUGUGUAUCAAAGAAGUACGUAAAUUAGCAGAAUCAUUGCUCAAAACUAUCACUGGUGAAGAUCACAUGGAUCAACGUGAUUUGUACAAAGGGUAUCAGAAACUCACACCGAUUUGUUUCAUUUUCGGCUGCACCAAUCAAAUACCACAAAUUGAUGCUGAUGAGGCUGUUAAAGAUCGGCUAUCAAUCUUUCAUUUUACUAAUCGAAUUGAACCUUGCUAUAAUUUCCGUGAUAGCAUUGAUGACAAUCAGCUGCUGUUGUACAUCAAUGAACGUACAAUUCAGCCACAGAUAGAAGAAUUCGUCACUUCUAUUGGACUCUACAAUGUUUUCUAUGGCAUGUUUUGCUUAGCUAGGAAUCAGUUUGGCCUGGUGAUACCAACAAUUAAUAAUCAGAGCUCUAAACAAAUCAUGGCUAAAUUCCUGAUUCAUAACAGCACCAUGUAUUGUAUUAUGAAUGAUUGCAAGAUUGAAGUCUGUGUUGGAUACUCAAUUAAAAUGGAAGACUUAUUGAAACGUGCUGGACGUGCUAUAGAGAAAUCUAAAAGAGCAAUGCGUACUAAUUAUCAGCUACAUGAUUUUAUCCAAGAUUUCUCACAGCAUUUCCGUCAAUUUCGUGUUCGUAAUAAGGCUACAAAUAAUGAUGAAUUCAUUGGAGUUGGAUUACCACCAACUGAUGUCAAUCAAGUGAAUGUUAUUGAUAUGAUAUUUAGCCAAGUAUGUCGUCAUUUAUACAAUGUACCACAGUCGAAUACAUUUGUACAUAUUUCUGAUAUACGAAAAUUGAUUAUGUCAAAAUUAAAGGCUAUUUUUAAAACAAAAAUUGAACGUGAAACUGAAUACAUUACUAGAAUUUUACUCAAAGUUAAAAGUGUUUAUCAUGAAUUUUAUAACAUCGAACAACAAUGUUUUCACAAUAUAAAAAUUAUUGAU